AUGAGUAGAAAAGAUGUGAUUGUAUGCCGAGGAAUAUGGUAUGUAAUGACUCUACUCUCGAUCUUUGGCCUCUCCAUAUCACUCAAUCUUCUCUGGCCACCUGGAGAAAAGUCAUCGUUAGUGUCAUGGUCUCGGUUUCUUAGGGACGGUGCGGUGAGUGUCGCAACAAUCUAUGCCGUGACGCUAUUCAGAUAUUUUUGCUUCAGCGAUCCUCCUUCUCCUUGCUACAAGGUCUUUACCACAAAGACGGAGAGGAUUAUUCAGGGUCUGUUCUCCUUACUCCUCUUAAGUGCAGUCAUCAUCAGCUCGCCUUUACAGUAUAAACUGCUGAUGGAAAAGGCGUUUGUGUUGCCUGUGUCGUUAUUCAGCAUCUCGUCGUUCACGGGAGGGAUAGGUCUCAUGCAGCUAUCGGAUAAGCUUAGGAUGGAGGUGAGACAUGCUUUGCGCACGCUCUUCCUCGGAUGGUUGUUUUGUCUUUGUGGCAUUUAUAUCUGUUGCUCAUACGACCCUGCUGUAGACACUGAGGGGUUGGUAUACUUACUUCGUGUAGAAUUUCAGUUGUUGGUUGCCUCUUCUUUCUGUAGUUAUAGUGCACGCUUGGAGGAGGACAAACCCAGAGGCUGUCUACAGAUUCUAGAACGUUAUCGCCACGCAUGCGCUCUGAUUUCAUGUUUACUAUUCUUUUUCUUUUGGUUUUAG